AUGCCUGACGGGCGCUUUUCCCAUCUGUCCACACCAGACUCAGAGUGGCUACAAGUCGCCGAGGAGCAUGCUAAGGCAGAUGAGGCGGCCGCAAAGCUGUCCGAUCUACCAAUUGAAGAGUUCCGCAAGAUCCCAUAUCGACCUCCCCCACUUGCGUCGUAUGCCCCCGUUGCAGGGCGAGAUGUACAGAUCACAGAGUCUCAUGUGACGGUGCGAGAUGGAACAUCAAUCGGAGUCCGCAUUUAUCAGUGUAUAAGUAAUGAGAAAUUAAGCUUGUUUGCGCCAAUAUACUACAACAUUCACGGAGGAGGAUGGAUGACGGGCAAUACUGAGUCUGAAGAGACUCAGAAUAGACUCGUAGCGGCCCGGAAUAAAGUGCUGGUGAUUAGUGUGGACUAUAGAAGGGCGCCGGAGUUCCCUUAUCCUUAUGGACUCGACGACUGCUACGACGUUUUCAAAUGGUUGCUUAGGCAUUCUGCUUCUCUUGGAGGGGAUGCCAAGAAAAUCAUCAUUGGGGGCGGCAGCGCGGGAGCGAAUUUGGCAACCGUCGUUGCGCGAAAGGCUCGUGACGAAGGUAUCACGGCCAUAAUAGGGCAAAUUCUCAACAUCCCCGUGACAUGCCACCCGGACCAUUUUCCUACAUCGAAAUACAGUUUCGGAACGACAAGUUCAUACCAACAGAAUGCCGACGCGCCUAUUGUCAGCUCUGCAAGAAUGCGCUUGUUCUGGGAUAACUACAUCGUAGCGCCAAGAGCAAACGACCCGCAAGCGAGCCCGUUGCUGUCUGACAACUUGGAAGGCCUGCCACCAGCAUUGGUUCAAGUCGCCGGGAUGGACCCUUUGAGGGAUGAAGGUUAUGCUUAUGCCGCAGCAUUGAAAAACAACGGAUUCAGUGUUUCUGUUACCCUUAGAUCGUACUCAGGGAUGCCACACGCAUUCUAUGUAUACAACCACUUCAAAAAAACAAAGGAAUACCACGAGGCCGUGGUGGAGUGGGUAGAAGGUAUAACAACAAGCAAUCAGGAUCGCCACUAG